CCGGAUGCUGGUAUGGCAUAUUGCAGUGAUCAGGAUGCUGGUAUAGGGUAUGGUGGUGAUCAGGAUGCUGGUAUGGGGUAUGGUGGUGAUCAGGAUGCUGGUAUAGGCUAUGGCAGUGAUCAAAACGCUGGUAUGAGGUAUCAGGAUGCUGGCAGUGAUCAGAACUCUGGUAUGGGGUAUGGAGGUGAUCAGGAUGCUGGUAUGGUGUAUGGAGGUGAUCAGGAUGCUGGUAUGGUGUAUGGAGGUGAUCAGGAUGCUGGUAUGGUGUAUGGAGGUGAUCAGGAUGCUGGUAUGGUGUAUGGAGGUGAUCAGGAUGCUGGUAUGGUGUAUGGAGGUGAUCAGGAUGCUGGUAUGGUGUAUGGAGUUGAUCAGGAUGCUGGUAUGGUGUAUGGAGGUGAUCAGGAUGCUGGUAUGGUGUAUGGAGGUGAUCAGGAUGCUGGUAUGGUGUAUGGAGGUGAUCAGGGCGCUGGUAUGGUGUAUGGAGUUGAUCAGGACGCUGGUAUGGUGUAUGGAGUUGAUCAGGAUGCUGGUAUGGUGUAUGGAGUUGAUCAGGACGCUGGUAUGGUGUAUGGAGUUGAUCAGGACGCUGGUAUGGUGUAUGGAGUUGAUCAGGACGCUGGUAUGGUGUAUGGAGGUGAU